GUCCAUUUAUGCAUCAGAACGACAACCAUUUCCGUAUAUAAAAGAAGGAAGAUAGUGUCCAGAAUCAAACAGAGAAAGCGAGAGAGAUGGUGAAAAUUUCGGUUGGUGGAUACGAUGACGGAGAAGGACCCAGCAACCGAAGCCAGAAGCGACGCAGGGAAGAGGAAGAAGGAGAAGAAGAAGAAGAGCAGCAUCCACAACAAAGCUUUGAAAUUGUGGACCCUCCAAUUGGAACCCAAGAAAACGAAGAACAUGCUCCAACUGAUGCUGGAUCAAAUGGGUCUGCAACCAAUGACAGGGACAGGUCCAUUCCCCUCUUCGUUUCUGACCCUGAUGUCUUUGAUUGCUGCAUUUGCUAUGAACCCUUGGGUGCUCCUGUUUUCCAGUGUGAGAAUGGACAUAUUGCUUGCUCUAAUUGCUGUGCCAGACUCAGGAACAAGUGUCCCAUGUGCUUAAUGCCCAUUGGGUAUAAUCGUUGCCGAGCUAUUGAGAAGGUGCUGGAUGCUAUUAAAAUGUCAUGCCUGAAUGCACAAUAUGGCUGUAACGAGAUGUUUAGUUACAGCAGGAAAAGUAACCAUGAGAAGGAAUGCAAAUAUCUACCAUGUUUAUGCCCGCAUACAGGUUGCGAUUAUGUUGCUUCAUCCAAGGAGUUAUCCCUCCACUUCAGCCAUAGACAUGUAGGCUCUGGAACGCAGUUUAUAUAUGAUAGAUUUUUCACUCUCUUCUUAAAUACUGAUCAAAAAACGGUUGUUCUUCAAGAGAAAAAUGAUGCUAAUCUGUUUGUUGUUCACAAUAAUCAUGAGCUUCUGGGGAAUAUAGUCUACAUUAGUUGCAUUGGCCCCAAGUCGAUGGCAGGGUUUCAUUACGAUGUCUUGGCUAGGUCUCAGGGAAGCACUUUAAUAUUGCAAUCUUUCACCAAGAUCAUUCAAGGCCAAAUAGCUGAUGCUCCUACAAAAAGGUUCCUUUUGAUUCCAUCUGGUUUUUUCCCUUCUGUACAACUCAAACUGGAUAUUCGCAUCAAGUCACAGCAUUAAACCUUGGCUGGAGAUUGAACUGGAGGCUGUAUCUUGUUUGAUUUAUGUAUGUAUUCUCUUUGUUUAGCGCUUAUCAGAUCAGAUAGUUUAUUCUAUGUGUGACUUGUCAAGAAAGUUGCAGUAGUGGAGUAGGAAACCAAAGAAUACUUUAUGGAUGCGUGGGAUUAUGGUUUCAAAAUUAUCCUGUAAAUAUGAAGUAUGCUUAAAAUCUAUUAUUACAUUUGAAUUUUGUUACUGCCUCUUUAAAUGCACAAAUUUGUUGACAGUUAGCUUCU